CGGGCCUAUCAGGAUUAAUUUCGCGUGUUCAGAAAUGGAACUCGUAUUUUUUUUUUUUAGAAAUCAUGUCGCAAGGGGUUUUCUUGGCACUUGAAAAAAAUACAAAUCGCGCAGGCUACUGCUUUUAUUCAGGUGUUUUCUUUUCGUUUCCCCCUUUUUUUUUCUUUCAAUAUUUACAAAUUAACAUGAGCACACUAUUUUUAUAUGAAGAUGGGUAUGGAAAUGGUGUUGAUGAGAAUGGUGGUCCUGAACUCAUGGACUACAUCGUUGAUCAGAAUGAAUUUAUAGUUGAGACGAUGACCGCCCAUUCUGAAUACUUGAAAUAUGCGGCUUGUUAUGAUUGUAGUCGUCUUUACAACUAAGUGAAUAGAAAUAAACCACCCUUUAAUUAAUAAUAAAGAGGCUAUUCAAAUAAAACUAGUUUAUUGUGUCUUAUAGCAUAAUAUAUUCAUUCUACA